GGUACGAACACAUUUCUCAAUAAUACAACACAGUAAAACUUUUACGUAAAGAUUGAGUUUACUAAAUUGUGUAUAAGUCUGCCUUUUUUUGCAAUAGUACAAUGUGAUUUUGAAAAAGCAGUUAUGGAACAAAAUGUUGCCAAGUUAUAUUGUGCUGUUUUUGUGAAUUAUUUAGAUGGAUUUGAAUUCAUAAAUGGAAGUGAAGUUUUCGUUCUGUCUACUGUUAAUACAGAUAGUGUACGUAACAGGGAAAGUUGCUUUGGAAAGUCUUCAAACAAUUGAUGAUAGUUCGACUGAAAAAAACACGAAAGAUAAUGAAAAACAAUUAGACUUUCUCGUAGAUUCUAAAAAUGACAUUAAAGAUUACUUCUUGCCAACUAUAUUUGGCAACAACGAAGAAGUCGAUGAAGAUGAAGAAGAAGAAGAAUCGGAACAUUACAGUGAUUAUGAUUAUAAAGAGGCAAACUAUAAAGACUCCUCUGAUGUAGCUGAAACGAAAGCUGAUGAUUUACCAGUAGAUGACAAAAUACCUCUGCAUACACCGAAAGAUAAUUUACCUGUGUUUUUAUUAGAGCCGGAAAAUACAUAUGUAGUUAAAAACAAACCCGCUAUUUUAAAAUGUCGUGCUGCUAAUGCUUUAGAUGUGUAUUUCAACUGCAAUGGAGUAAAAACACCCGGUCUAAAUUUUGAGUUUGUGGAUCCUCAAACUGGUGUUAGGAUUAUAGAGGGGGAAUACAAAGUGCAGAGGGACAAAGUGGAAGAGUACUUCGGAAGUGAGAAGUAUCAAUGUUCUUGCUAUGCUUGGACAAGUCGAGGUCAUAUUUGGAGUCAACCAGCGACUAUUGAGCUGGCUUAUAUAAAGAAGCACUUCAUAGAAGCACCACAGUCUCAGCUAGUCAAACUUGGCAGUGGCGUGACCUUCAGAUGUGACCCACCGCAAGCAGCGCCCUUCGCACAGCUAUACUGGCUGAAGAACGGCGCACCACUUGUAGUGGACGACAAUGUCCAGAUCACGAAAGAGAGUAGCUUGGUCUUCAAACAGGCAACAUUGCUGGAUAUGGCCAACUACACCUGCGUCGCUGAGAAUUUGGCGGGAAAGAGAAUGUCUGAGCCAGCGCUACUAACGGUUUUCGUUAACGGAGGUUGGACGUCAUGGUCUGCUUGGAGUGACUGCUACUGCUCUGGCCAGCCUAGAGACCAGGGUCGGGGAAGACGAAGAGUCCGCAGUUGCACCGCGCCCAGACCAUUGAACGGAGGACAACCAUGUAUAGGUCCUAGUGUGCAGAAGACGCAGGAAUGUUUCGACUGUGAUUUAGAUGUUUACGUGGAUAGUUUGGACGAGUUAGCCGAUCAAUCGCCAGACAUUGUAAUUGGAAGGUGGUCAAAAUGGUCGGAGUGGUCGCUCUGUGACUCCGACUGCCUCCAGACGAGACGCCGUAGAUGCCUCACCAGCACCGCCUGCUUCGGCAAGGACUACCAAGUGGCGCAGUGUCAGCUCUGUGUGAGGACUUCGAAGGGCAUGCAUGAUGGUUCAUACUGGCCAUUAUUUAUAGUGCUGUCGAUCGCAUUCUUAAUCUUCAUUGUUGUGGCGGUUUUAGUCAUAAAGUAUAUGAAAGUCAAAAUGACAGAAACCUCACCAUACAUCAAACCAUCACCGGGGUCAAACUAUUUUGGUACGGUAAUAAAAAGAACGCUAAACAACCAGCCAGAUUUGAUACACGAGGAGUUUCAAACGAUUGCAACCAGGCAGACAAAUAGACAAAUAAACAACAAUGUGAGGCCUGAACAUUUGUAUGAAGUGCCCCAAUUAGCUAACAGCUAUAUGUCUCCAAUAGACCGAGAGGUAACAGACUCCAACAAGGUUGAAAAGAGUUAUGUUUGCAAGGACAAUGUAGAAUCAGAGAGGUCGGAUUCAAGUUGCUUUCUUAGUUCUGGCUCAUCGUAUGGCAACGAAAGCGUCGAAAUAUCACCCUCCUUAAAAAAUAAUGCAUCACUCGAAAUAAAGUUUCCCAGUACAUAUCUAGAGACGACAACGUCUAAAAUAGUCUCGGCCGAUGGUAAUUGGUUGACGUUGAGUAAAUGUGGUGUUAGCCUCUUUAUACCGGACGGUGUGGUUGAUAAAGGUGAAGAACUAUUCACCGUUGAAGUUACUGAUGAGGAAUGGAGCAGACCAAUAUUGCAGGAAGGAGAAUCGCACCUGAGCCCGGUUAUAAAGUGCGGUCCCAAAAAUUACCAUUUCAACAAGGGUGUAGUUCUAACCUUCCCACAUUGCGCAUACGUAAAGAAUUCCAGCUGGCAGCUCUCAGUGCUUCAGAGGCCUGAAGAUGUCAAUACUAGAGAAUGGCGUAGAGUUUUAACCUUAGGCCAAGAAACUCCAGGAACACCAAUAUUCGCUCAAGUCGAUCCGGCCAAAGUUUAUCUUGUGUGUGAAUUUCUGAGUGACUUUGUUCUUGUCGGUAAAAGUUUUAACGGAUUAGAUGCAAAAUUAUUAAAAUUAGCUCUGUUUGUCAAUAAAGAUGAAAAUAAUCAUUACAGUUUACAUAUCCAUGUGUUUAAUGAUACACCCUACGCCUUCUAUGAAUGUUACGAAAAUGAAAAACGUAAUGGUGGAUACUUACUUUGUGAACCGAAGUGUAUUAGUUUCCAAGAGAACUGUUCCGAUUUAUGUUACAACGUUCGAGAUGUGGGUACGGGAUGGAAGAUUCAACCCGAAAGGAAAUAUCAAGAACUUUCCUAUUCACACGUCUGGAACAUGAGCGUUCGAUCUUUGUAUUGUGUCUUCGCUUUGACACAGAUUGAUGCUAUCAAUUCUCUCGAACUCAAUAUAACUAUUUACCAGAAGCAAAACCAAUCCAACUCUGUCAAUUUUAAUUUGAAAACGAACGAUUUUAAUUCCAAUCUCAAUUGUAAUAAACGCUUUAGUUAUUCGGGCGUGGAAACGGGUUACAGCGUUAAUAUCCUCGAAAAUCCAUUCAAUUAUUCGUCGCUCUCGAAAAGAGAGGGCAGAUAUGAUUUUGCUUAUAAAAACAUACAAAGGAAUAAUUACACGUUGGACAAUAAUUUUUAUAGGAUUAACGUAUUAACAAAGUCAGACCGAGUAAUAUUGUGUAAAUUAUUGGAUGCUCAAUCCGGUAAAGGAAAUGACUGGAGAUUAUUAGCGGAAAAAUUAAAAUUAUCUUCAUAUUAUUAUUAUUUCUCUAACACUUGUUCACCGACAGAUAAUAUCUUGAAUCUGUGGAUCUGUAGGAAUAAUGACGCAAAUAUGCUAGUUGGUUUAUUGAGGAUAUUUAGAGAAAUGGGAAGAAUAGAUUGUGCUACUGUAGUGGAAAGACGCUGCUAUCCCUAAUACGUAGUUUAUUGUUUUCUACAAGACUUUUUAUCUUGGUUGUGUUUAUGCAUCGAUAUCUUUCAUAUAUUUUCACGAAGUACGUCGGAAGCACUGUUUUGUUAAAUUUAAUUAAGUCAUCUUAUUAAUAGAUGUAUUAUUUACGUACGAUUCUUUAAAAUGCACUGAAUAUAUUUCUUGCGUUACAUCAAACAAUUAUUUCUUCGAUUUCUUCGUUCACCAUAGCGAUUUUCAAAUAAUAGUUACUUAGUUGCAGUGUGUUGCAUUAUAUUUAUAGAAAUAAAUAGUUUUUAUAUUAUUUUAUAAUAUAAGGGAUAAAUGUUUGACACAAAUAUUAUAAUACAGAAAGUAUCGGACAAUUUAAAAAAACAUUGUAAUCAACUGUAAAGCUAUGUUACUUUAAAAAUAAUAAUUUUAGGUCCAGUUAAAAGUAUUUAAAGUACACAAGGCAAAAAAACAUUGUUUAUAAUAUUGUGAACUGUUUAGUUUUAAUUGAAUAGAAACAGUAUUAGAUAA